AGUUGAACCGCUCACGAGGAGGGGUGUCUGUCGAGACGGUGAGAAGCUGCGAGAGCGGCGGCCAUUUUCCCGAAGAAGAAGAGGCGGAGGCCCAGAGAAGUGGCGUUUCUUCCCGAAGGGGCCACCGCUGCGAUACUGGCCAUGGAGCAGCCGGCCAGCCUGCAGGUGGACUAUGUGUUCCGGGGCGUAGAGCAUGCCGUGCGUGUGGGCGUUUCCGGCCAGGUGCUGGAGCUGGAGGUGGAGGACCGUAUGACAGCUGACCAGUGGCGGGGACAGUUUGACGCCAACUUCAUCGAGGAUCUGACGCACAAGACAGGGAACUUCAAACAGUUCAACAUCUUCUGCAACAUGCUGGAGUCGGCCCUCACCCAGAGUAGCGAAUCAGUCACCCUCGACCUGCUGACCUACACGGACCUGGAGUCCUUGCGGAACCGGAAGAUGGGGAGCCGAGCGGGCCCCUUGCCCUCCAGGUCAUCCCAGCUCAACUCCAAACGCUACCUGAUCCUCAUCUAUUCUGUGGAGUUUGACAGGAUUCACUACCCGCUGCCCCUCCCGUACCAGGGCAAGCCCGACCCAGUGGUCCUGCAGGGCGUUAUCCGCUCCCUCAAGGAGGAACUAGGCCGCCUCCGAGGGCAGGACGGCCAGGACACUCGGGACAGCCGUGAGACGGAGAUCUGGCACCUCCGAGAGCAGGUGUCUCGACUGGCGUCUGAGAAGCGCGAGCUGGAGGCCCAGCUGGGCCGAUCGAGAGAGGAGGCGCUGGCGGGACGCGCGGCGCGCCAGGAGGCCGAGUCGCUGCGCGGGCUGGUGCGGGGCCUGGAGCUGGAGCUGCGGCAGGAGCGCGGCGCUGGGGCCCGGGGGUCCGCGCGUCGCAACCCGGAAUGCCGCCGCCUGGCCAAGGAGCUCGAAGAGGUGAAAGCGUCGGAGCGGAGCUUACGAGCGCGGCUGAAGACGCUCAACUGCGAGCUGGCGGCUUACAAGAGGGGGAGACGGACCUCGCCCGUGGUGCUGCCCCCGGCCCGAGAGGAUCGCGCGUCCUCGUCCCGGGAGCGCUCCACCUCGCGUGGCCGCGGCCCCACCCGCUCCUCGUCCCGGGAGAGCGGCCGCGGCGGCCGGGGCCAGGGCCGCCCUGCCCGCCCCUCGCCCUCGCCCACAGGUGGUCGUGCGCCCCGCUUCGACCCCACAGCCUUUGUGAAAGCCAAGGAGAAGAAGCAGCGGGAGCUCAGGAUGAAGCAGCAGCAGCGGAACCGAUUAGGCAGUGGUGGAAGCGGGGACGGCCGUGGGGAUGGCCCAGCUGUCUCCUGGUCUCGCCAGACUCGGGGCCCCGCAGCCAGCAGUGGCCGAGGGGAUGCGGCUAACCGCUCCCGGCACCGCAGCUCCUCGGUGGACAGUUUCCGAAGCCGCUGCUCAUCCAUCAGCUCCUGCAGCGAGUACGAGGAUUUCUCGGAAUCCCUCCCAAGAGGCGUGGGCCGCCACCGGAAACCUCCCAGCCCCACUCCCUGGUCCAGGUCCAACAUGAAGGCCCCACCCGCGGAACGGGGCCGCCAACAGAGACGCCUGGCCAGCUCGGGAAACUGGUUCCCCAUGAAAGAGUACAGCGCCGACCACCAGGUGGCUGACAUGGCCGAAAUCGACGCCCGCCUGAAGGCCCUGCAGGAGUACAUGAACCGCCUGGACACACGGUCGUGACCCGCGAGGGGACGUCCAGCCAGGGCCGGUGCUGCCGG